AUGAGCUUAUGCUAUCGACCAGCUGAGCAAAAUUCUGAUAGUUGUUCUUGGCCACUCGGUUGCUUCUGGAGUGUUUGCUUCUUCAUCAUUGCGAUAAUUUCUUAUUUUCUUUAUCGGCCUCUGCAUUUGCCAGAUAAAGUAAAACACAUGAGCAUGUUCCUCAAUACGCUCUCGCCUAAAUUCUAUGUGGCGCUUACAGGAACUAGCUCCCUAAUUUCAGGAUUGAUUUUGCCCUCACUUAUUCUCAGAUAUUCGAAUGGUGGUAUUUUCGGAAAUAUGGAAAAUCAUUUAUCGACGUCGACUCGAACGGACCCAUUACAACAACAAUGCAAAGUUUGGCGUAAUCCAUAUAGUCUCUUCAGGGGUGCUGAAUAUCAGCGUUUUUUUAGGGAGACUGGUAGAGAUCCUCUUACAUACUAUGACAUGAACCUGUCAGCUCAAGACCAUCAGACAUUUUUCACAUGUGAGGCUGAUGCUGGGAGGCCGGAGUAUGAACUUAUGCAGAUGGCUUGGAGAGAACGCAACCAUGAGGAACGUAUAAAGAAGACUAAAGAAGCCUUGGCAAAAAAUCCGGAGUGUGCUACUGCAAUGAUUCUUCUAGCGGAAGAGGAAUGCUCUUUGAUUGUCGAUGUAAGUUUAGUGGUAUCAAAAAACAAUCCAGCGCACGAAUCAAUGUAUCGUCGCGAUAUACACGUGUUUGUAUUUAUUCGAAGACGUCUAGCGAUGUGCGCACGCAAGCUAGGUAAACUUAAGGAAGCAAUAAAGAUGAUGAAAGAUGUAAGUCUGUCUUUUUGGUCGCCUGCUCGAUUGGGCAUCGAGCUGCAUUGGGUGUAUUGGAUGUUUGACCUCGUCCAGAGGUCGUAUAACCCGAUGAAUUGGAUAUCGUCUGGGCAACCCUGCACUACUCCAUUCACGGGAAAAUCAUAG